AUGGCCUGGCUGUUUCUGGGGAGAAUGGCCUUGUUAGCCUUGUGCAGUGGCCAGGAUGAUGUCUCGAGACCGCACUUCAAGUGGGGACAGACAAAGGAGAAAGUGUUCGUCACCGUUGCCGUACGCAAUCUCAACCGCAGUUCCAUCAGUGUGCACUUCGCAGCAGAUCGACUUGGCUUCCAGUGUUCGGACAUCGAUGGGAAGGCUUUCGCAUUGGGCUUGGAGCUCGACCAGGAUGUAGCUCCAGACCUGAGCAGAUGGGAGUUGCUAUCCAGAAAGGAGCGCUGGGGCGAGCCAGUCCUGAUGACCCUCACGAAGAUUUUCCCGGCAGCCUGGCCUGCUCUGGUUCACGACCCCCAGAACUAUCGGCAGGUCAUGGAUCGAGAUUGGUCCAGAAAUGAUGACAAGCUUGAAACAGCGGAGGACGCUUUCUUUGAGGAGCAUGCAGAGUACCUUCCCCAACUGGCCACUGAGACCGAUGUGGACCGUUUCACGCGGCUCUCAGGUGUCGAGGCUGUGGUGGUUCUAGCUCGACACCAUGCAUGUGAGCAGUGUGGCGUUGCUGAUACAACCUUCGCAGCAGCUGCGAAGAAGACCGCAGCCGGAGCGAAAGAGGCUUCCCCGCCGCUGCUCCUCUUCGCCAUGGAUGUCAGAAGCCGUGCAGCUCGGCCGCUUGCACGUCGACUAGGGUUACGCUGUCCAGAAGCUCCGCGCGACUGCCGAUAUCUAGCUUUCUCUCGAAAUGGAGGCCUCGAGCCUGUGCUUCUUCGUGGGCGGCACGAUGAAGCCGCUCUUUCAAAAAGCUUGGAGCUCCUCUCCCGCAAGCAGUUUUUCGAGUUGGCCGACCCCGAGGAAGCUCGGGAGAUGCGAGCUGCUUCAACUCGCAGCCUCGUCAUACUCCGUUCAGAUGCUACAACCUGGGAGAGGCAGGCGGUGCACCAGCAACGCAUGAAGCUUGACAUUGGCAUUCUGCAGGCUUCCGCGGACAGCGAUUUCCAUGGCCGUGCACUAGCCUUCCGGCCCGGCGAGGACCAGCCUCGACACUUCAAUGAAGGCUCUGCUGAAGAGUUUCGCGCGUGGCUUCUGAAUGUUUCAGUCCCCUGCCUGGGUGAUGUCCGCGAGUUCGCAGACGAGGAACCCUAUGAGGAUGUCGGCCUGCCCAUCGCGAAGCUCUUCUUGAAGGGAGGAGGGUUGGAUACUGCCGCGCGCAGCGCCAUGUUUCAGCUGUGCAGCCGUUUCUUUGGCCGAAUGGCAUUUACCGUGCGAAAUGCUUCUCUGGGGUCAUCAGAUUGGCGACAGCACGGAAUACCACCAGGUCGCUUUCCUGCCUUCGCAGUGGCCAUGAGCACUGCAUACAACACCCCGAGGUUCGGUUUCCUGGGCAUUCCCAAGAAUCAGACCGAGGAGUUUUGGAUGAGUCCAGCACGCCAGCUCCUGAUCGAUUUUGUCGAGGCUGUCUUGCGCGGUGGUGUGCUUCCGUCAAGGAUGAGCGAAGCCCCCCCGGAUGAGGAGGACGAGGAGCCACCGAAGCCUGGAUCUGUUCAAAAGCUCGUCGGGAGACGCUGUCGGCAGCUGGUAGAGGACAGCACCUCCGAGGCCCUCAUUGAGGGAUUCGAUGAGUGGCGCCGAGAUCACGCUGACCGCAGUCGUCGCUUGGAUCUCCUCGCGCCACUGCUGAUGUCGCACAACAUCAGUGUAUACAGACUUGAUUUUGGACAGAACGAGUGUCCGCCGGAUGUCCUGCGAAGUAUCUCUGCGGGCUACUCCGGCUACUUCUUCGUCCAUCCCCAUGCCAGGCAGAGAGGCCGAAAGCUCCAACGUUUGCGAAAGCUGGAUCCUGACUUCGGGCAGGUGCUUCAGUUUGUCCAGAAGCACAGCCAUGCAGAGCUAGGAGCCUCGGAUUUGUUGGCUGCGUUGGAAUCGGCCAUUGCAGCUGACUCUGCUACGACAGCUGGAGUCUUCUCCUGGAGUGUCGCCUCGCUGUCCAUCCUUCUCGGUGCUUGCGGAGCUGCAACCCACUGGAAGUUUCGAGGAUGA